CGUCGCACUUGUAUUCUGCGAUGCGAAGGUCACUCGUUCGAUUCGGGUAGCGGGCAUUGCUUUUUGAGCGGUGCGUGUGUGGUUAUUCGUGACUCGUAACGUGACAGAUGAUCAGCUCUCUUCGCGUUCGAUCAUGUCUAUUGUUACCACUCAUCUUUACUCCUCCUUCUCAUGGCCACAAUUCUUGCACCUACGCCGAUAGAUGGCUUUCCUACCCACACAUCAUUGACGCAAUCUGACACGGAGAACAUCCUACUUAGCCAUCUCCCUAGCGAUCUAAAAGCGACUCCGACCCUCGACAAGAAUGCACACAUGCAAUUCCUCGUCCGGAAUCUCGUCCAGGGGUUCCCUUCUCGCUACAUUAGCCAGGAUGCGAGUCAGCCGUGGCUGCUCUACUGGUCGCUUCAGUCUUUCAGUGUCCUUCAAGUUGGAUUAGAUCCUGGGAACAAGCAAAGAGCGAUCGAUACGCUUAUGGCGAUGCAACACCCGGACGGUGGAUUCGGUGGUGGACCGAAACAGUCCGCGCAUCUGCUACCAACAUACGCCGCCGUCUCUGCGUUGGCCAUUGUCGGACGACCAGGGGACAACGGCGGAUGGGACCAGAUUGACCGAAAGAAGAUGUAUGAAUUCUUCAUGUCCCUCAAGCAACCCGAUGGCUCCUUUCUAGUCGCACACCACUCCGAAGUCGACGUGCGUGGUGUCUACUGCUUACUUGUCACUGCCACCCUGCUGGACAUCCUCACUCCCGAACUGGUGGAAGGAACGGCGGCGUUCGUCGCUUCAUGUCAGACCUACGAAGGCGGGUUUUCGUCGGCAUCUCAACCGUACUUCACGCCAUCAUCACCGGGAUCUGCUCCCUCCAUCCUCAAGCAUCCGCGCCCUGCACUCGGUGAAGCGCACGGUGGAUAUACCUCCUGCGGGCUUGCGUCUUGGGUCAUGCUCCAACCGUUCAUUACGCCAGACUCUGUCAAGAUUAAUACCAAGUCUCUUGUUCGGUGGCUUGUUCAAAUGCAAGGUCUUCCGAUAGAGCUUGGCGGGUUCAAAGGACGGACAAACAAACUUGUGGACGGCUGCUACUCUUGGUGGGCCGGCGGAUCUUUCGGUCUGCUCGACUCGAUAGGGAUUGCGGUGCCUCCUUUACCGACGAAACCCGAGAGCGACGAUGAAGGCUGGGAUGAUAUCGAUGAUUCUUUGUUAAACCGCAAAGCGAUCCAAGAAUAUGUCCUAUUUGCGUGCCAACAUCCAGCUGGAGGACUUCGAGACAAGCCUCCCAAACAUCCGGACGCAUAUCAUACGCUCUAUUGUCUGGCAGGGUUGUCCGCAGCACAGCACAAGGUUGCUCCGUCUUCAGCUCGUCGCGAUGAGAUUACCCAGGCAUGGAAAGCCGGCGCAGCGGAUCUGGUGACCCCGGAAAUGGACAGCCUCCGGAAACGCGUGUUCUCUGAUUCGCUCCAAUACACCGAAGAAGAGGGAACCGAAACCAUCCUUGGAGGCUCUGUCAAUCGAGUUAACGCAACGCAUCCCAUCUUCAAUCUCACUGUCACGCAUACAGAGGCCAUUAUGAGCCACUUCUAUAAUCAGACUGUACCUCCCCGGGUCACAAAACACCCCAAGGCAUGAUAAAGUGAUGUAACUAGCAACAUACAUGUAUUUUUAUUUGGACGUUUUGCAAAUGUGUCAGUAAGGUGAACAGUUGGACCCAAUUCUGUGUUGCUUAAAGGCCGGUUUUUAUUAGAAGCAUUAUAUGUAAGUUUGUACAAUACAGUUCAGAAUUAUAAUAUGUAGAUAGAGUAGAACGAGAACGCGGUGAGUGAGUGACGUAAAAGAGAAAGCAAAAAAAAGUCCCUGGGUCCGUGUGUCCUUUUAACAUGCAGAGGUAGACUUACCAAACAGUUGGUGCUUGGCGGCUCCGGUCCUGGGCAAGCAACUGUUCAGUGUCGCAAACACUCUGCGGCGACAUCAUCUGCUGCGAGUAGGCCCACUUGUCCUCGGCCUCUCGAUGAUUCAUCAGCUGCUGAAGGUGCAGCUGCGGGUCAUAAUGUUCGUACACUGCCGGCGAAGCGAUCGCGGGCGUGUGCCAUCCGGUGACGUGGUACGAGUGUGCCGACUGCGGGGUCAGAGGAGAGACACCCGCACUGUGGGGGGCAAACUGAACCGGAUGCUCCUGAACGGGAGGCAUCGGGAACUGCCCCAGCUCGUCCUCUUUCACGCCAGCCGCGUAAUCAUCCCCGUCUUCGUACUCGAGCACGUUGUGCAGAUCGCUAGCAUCGUACUGCAGCUCUUCGCCCAUCACCGCGUACAUCUCGCCGCGCGCGGGAGUUUCAAGGCGGUGGACGCCGGCCCGGGAACGCCACUCGUUAGCCUCGCGACGGAGGGCAUCGCAUUCGUUGGCAAGCGCUCGGAGCUGUUGCGUUGCACAGAUGCGAUGGCGGCGCGACGCGUUGACGUACGCGAUCGACGAGUUGACGAUACUCGAUUUGGAAGGUCGGCGUAUGUUGACGAGAUUCGGUAGGACACCAGCGAGAUCCUACACCGUGUUAUUGGCGUACCCGUGUGAUGAGCAUGAUACACACCAGAAAACGCGAGUUCAACGCCUCCCUGCGUUGACGUUCGACCGCGUUAUGCGAGGCCCUACGCUCGGCGGCACUGGGCAUCUUCUUGAACUUGAGAGUCCGCUUGACACCGCCUGCACUUGACCCAUCAUAACCGUCGAGAUCAGGGAGGGUGGGAAGUGUGAGACGCGCGGUGUAAGACACCGCGGAAGAUACACCGGGCGUGGAGGGGCCCGCGGAACCAGACGAGGCAGAUGAUGUUGGAGACGGAGGGAGAAUGAAAGGCAAUUGAGACAUAGGAAGGUUUAUAAAGUGUUGUAGGUUAAGAAAUGCAAGGCGAGUUUAAUGAAGCCGUGAAAAAUCGCGAGAUCUGGAAGCGGACUGAGCAGACAGUCCAGGGAAACGUUUCCUGCACUCACACCAGGCGGAGUUCUUCUUUCGGCGGGGAAGGGCGGAGGGAAGGGAAAAUUAUAAGAAGAAUUAAGAAAGAAAGGGAAAAAGAAACGAGACGAUCCCGGCGCGACUUGCUCUGCUCCCUAUUUAAGAGCAGAUGAUAAGGAACGGAAAGGAAGAAGAUGCCAUCUUGAUGGUCGUCCCAACCUUCACCGGUGACAGCCGUGCUGGCCCGCAAGUACAGCCAACUACAUAGCUAUCAUUGUCUCCACGGAGAUCGCCCGGUCCUGCGACUUCCCUCGAGGCGACACUCAACAGUCCUGCGGAUCAUUGCAAUCACGAGGCAAAGGACUAGAGGAAAG